ACGUGGAACUUAUAGAAAUAGCUCUCCUUUUUCAGUCCCUUACAUCCGUCACCAGAACGGGAACGGUAAAAAGGUCAUCCAGGUGACUAGCGGGAAAGAUGUAAGACUCAUUUGCCACAUCAGAACUACCGUUCAGACCCCAAAACCAAGGUAUUACUGGCUCAAAGAUAAUCAGACGCUCAUUCCAUCAGAUCAUCAACGCAUGAGGUUAAAACCAGACAGAUACCUAAAGAUAAAAUGGGCGAAGAAAGAGGACUCUGGCUUUUACACCUGUGUCGGGGUAAACGACUGCGGAAAAAAUUCCUAUACAUUGCAGCUCUUAGUCAGAGAUGCUCCAAUAUUCACAGUGCCGCAAUACAAGAUGAGGCGCAACCUUCUUGCGUUACCCGUUGGCAACUCUGUAAAGCUGGAUUGUUCUGCCGAUGGAAACCCUCGUCCUACAGUAGAAUGGUACAAAGACAGAAAAUUGUUUAAGGAAAGGAAAGGUGGCAGGAAACUCUAUUUGAGUCAAUGGACAACCUUGUUGAGUCUGAAGGACUUGGUUCCCUCCGAUACUGGGUCAUACAUGUGUAUUGUGAGCAACUCGUAUGGAUGGAUUAAUCAUACCUACGAAUUAGAUGUUCAUGAACGAGUUCGUGCUGAACCAGUGGUUCUACCCAUGGAAAAUGUCACUGUUAAAAGAGGAGAAAAUGCCAGCUUAACGUGCAAAGCAUUAAGUGAUUCCAUGCCUCAUUUCCAGUGGUUAAGGUGGUUUCCCAUGCGUACCAACGGUUCGGCCAACAGUUCACCCAACGGUGCAAUUGAAAGGCCACACUACCAAAUCUUGAAUAAAGACGACACAGACCAAAAUGUAAUUGUGACACCAAGUAACGGAAAAACGUUUGAUUUCCACGGUGUGAAGUUGACUUUGGUGAAUGUCACAAAGAAGGACGAGGGAAAAUACACUUGCAUUGUGGGAAAUGCUGUUGGUUACGCAGUCGAACAUGCUAACAUCAUUGUUGAACAAAUUG